UUUUUGUUUAUACUUUAGUAGUUUAUACUUUAUUCUCUUUCUGUUCUUUAUGAUGUAUUCAAGAAUUUACAUAUAAUUAUUUUAUUUAUUGUGCUUCAGAGUUCAGUUGUUUAGUAUCAGGUUUUAGCAUAGACCUUAAUGUGAUAUUUAUUAUAGAUACGUAAAAUGAUUAAACAAGUAUUUAAAUCAUUUCCGGACAAUAAACCAAUAUCAGGAUUAUGCAUAGUAGAAGAUAUUACGAAAUGCCCAACAGGAUAUAAUCCCAUAUCAAAAACACAUGACCAAGAUUCAGACGCUGAUUUACAUAUGCAGUCAUGGAAAGAGUCUGUAUUUAUUGGCAGAAAAAUUACAAGAUAUUUAUGCUUAUCUAAAACAGAAGGGAUUUCGGAUUACAUUGUAGUAAAUAUAAAUAUAAUAAAUGAAAAAGAAUGUCCUCCUGAUGGCUAUUGUUUAAUUCCCAGAACUAUUGACAGUGAUCAAAAAGCUUGGCGAAAACGUCAACUAUGUUACAAAUUAACUAGAAAAAGUCAAGCUACAUAUGCAAUUACUGAUAUUAUACUAUUAAGUCGAUCAAAGAAAGCACCAGAUGGUUUUAAUUUAGUUGGGGAUUUAAAUGGCUUAACACUUUGUUAUAAAACUAGUCCUCAAUCUCCAGAUAACGUGCCAUUACCAUCACUGACUUAUGGAUUGACACCAACGCUGUCAACAGAAAACAUUCCAAAUAGUAAUGGGUCCUUAAGUUCACUUCCCAGUUUAGAAUCUAGUGCUAAUGUAUUAUCUCAUGAUUAUGAUCGACUAAUGUCAUUAAAACCUACACGGCCAGCACCAAAAUUACCUCCAACAUAUUCAUCUUCUAACUAUUCGACAUUAAAUUCUUAUCAAGGGUUAGAAGGUAUUCCAUUUAUAUUGAAUCAAAAUAUUUCUAUGGAAAAUAAGUCUAUUUUUAAGGAUAUACCAGAGAUUAAAAAAAAAACAGCCGAAGACCUUGAUUUAGAAUACAACUAUAGUUUUGAACAAGAACGGCAGGUGUGAUUUCCUACUUAUUUUAUAAAUUGUAAGUUUGUUACAAUUUUUAAAACUUAAAAUGUAUUAAUUUAUAAUAUGUAUGUUUCUAUACAUAAACAUACAAUGUAUUUAACACAUAAUUUUUUCAUCUAAUCCAAUUUUAGAUUAUAUGUAAUUUAAUUUUAUAAUUAUAGAAACUAUUAACUAUUAUUUUUAUUUGAAUUGCUAUAAUUUUUUUUUAAUUAUAUAGUUAAAAUUAUCUUUUUAAAAUUGUUAACAGUAUGAUGAAAUGUUUUACUAUCAUACUCAUUAGUUAAGAUCAAGUUGACCUUUUUACUAAUUAAUUACCUAUUGUAUAUUUAAAAUAGUUUAGGUAUUUCAGAUCAAACAUAUCAUGACAGUUUUUUACUAUAAUAUAUGUAUACAGUGAAAUCUCAGUAAAUUGAACAACAUUUUCUUUGUCCCUAAUGGUUUCAAUAUAUUUGAAUUUUAAAUUUUUCAAGUGAUUCAAGUAUUUUAUCAUAUUAAUUCUAGAGAUUUCACUGGAUCAUUAAUACUCAUGACUUACUAUAUCUCAAUGUUACCUAAUAGAUAUUUUUUGCCAUUAUAAAAAAAAAUUAAUUAUUAAAUGAAUACCAUGUGUAUACAUUUUUUAAUAAAUGCCAUAAAAGUUAUAUAUGCUAAAAAAACCUUUCUACUUAAAGAGUUAUAAUUAAGUAUCCUUUUACAUUUCUUAGCAUAGAUUAUUUAAAAUGCUUAUCAAACAAUAAGUAGAAAGAUUUGUUCAAACUAUGCAUAGUUAAUUUAUAUUAUUAUUAAGAAUUAAGAAAUAAAUACUAUUAAUUUAAAUUUUUAUUUAUUAUGUUAAUAUAUUUUAGUUUAGAUAUUAGAUUCAGUGAUGCAAAAUUAUUAUUAUAUAUAUAUUUUUUUUUUUGACUAUAUUUGAUUUUUUCACCAAACCCCAUCUCUUCCAUAAAACUGUUUAUAUAACAUAAGGAUAAAAUAAUAUAGGUAAUUGUUAGUACUUCAAAGCAUUGAAAAAACAUUUUUUCCUGUCACUGUACAAUGUAUAUUAUUUACUAUACGUACAUGAUAAUUUUUAUUAUUGUAAACUAGGCAUAUAGUUUUAAUUAUAAUUUUUAGUAUUUGAAUCAUGAUUCUGAAAAUGAAAAAAUAAUGAAUAAUAUAUCUAUAAAAUUAAAACCGCACAUUAUCUGAUUUAUAAUAAAAAAAAAAACAAUAUUUAAAUUUCGAAUACUUGGUGCUACUUUAAAUUAUUAAUUAAUAAUUAAAAUGUAAAAGUCAUGCAAUUUUUUUUUUAUAAGUGUUUAAUAUCUUGUUUAUAAUUUCAAAAACCAAAUAAUAAAAGUAGGAGUUAACAUUAUUGUAAAUUAACAGAUCACAUAAGUACUUAGUAAAUAGUGAGCAUACAGGGUGUUUUAGAUAAUAUAGUUAUAGUUAAACAACUUCAUGUUCAAUAGAUAAUAAUGUAUUGGUUUGUUAUAUUUUGAUAUAUUUUUUGAUUAUACUUGUUACUGUAUAAUAUAUUAUUUCUGUACAUGGAAUGGAAUAAUAUUAUUUUAUUCUUUGUACAUACAUACAAUAUAAAGUAUGAAAUUCUUAUCUUAAACAUUAAAAUAAUUAUUAUUUAACUAAUUUCUAACGAUUAAAUUGUAUCAAAAUAAGAUUACAGUAACAUAAAUUCAAGUGAUUUGCUUUUGUAUUUUAUUGUAUUUAAAAUUAUAAAUAUAAUAUUAAAAAAAUAAUAGAUAUUAUCAUAAUUUAAUUAUAAAUUGAAGUAUGAUGUAAAUUUAAUUUUUUGUAGUAUCUAAUUCAAAUACUUUUUGUUUAAAUUAUAAUAUUUUACUAACAAUUAUGAACUAACAUUAAUAUUGAAAAUGCAUUAUCAAAUAUUAAUUUAUGAGUAAAUUAUAUACCUACUUUUGAAUUUGUAUAAUAUGUUUAAUAUUACACAGAACAUAAAAAAAAAAAGCUUAAUGACAACUAAACAUUAUUUACAAAUCAGUUUUUAUAAAGCCAUCACGUAAUAUCUUUUUAAAAUAUAAUGUACAACUUAUCAAGUGUCUUAGUGCUAAAAUGUGCAAAAAACUCCAUGUACAAUCAAAUCAUAGAUACUGAUUUUAUUUAAAUUUUAAAUUACUAUUUUAUUUCAAAUAAAAUAGAUAAACUUAUUAAUAAGUAAUAACAGAUUAAUUUAAAUGCCUUUAUAAAUAAAUAAGUAUUUUAGAGUUUUUAAAUUAUUUAAAAAUGUUAUGAAAUAUAUUUAAAAAUUCUAUGUUUAAUUAUUUGAACAUUUAAAAUUUUAGUAAAUAGAAAUAAAAAAAUUAUUAUUUAUGAAUUUUAACUUCCAUAAUAAAAUAUUUUGUUAAAAAAGAACUAUAAAAAUAUUAAAUAUUUUAUACAUAAAAUACUAUCAUAUUGAUAUUGUAUAAAUUAUAUAUUAUAUUCCUAUUACUACACAUAUUUCAAACAAAUUUUAUUAUACAAAUCUUAUUGUGAUUAUUUUUAGCUAGAUAAUAUUUUUAGUUAUCACGUUCUAAUAAUUUAAUUUGAGUCGAGUAAAAAUAAAAAGGUUUAAAAUUAAUUUGUCAAUUAUAAUAUUUGUUACAUGUAUUUUGUAUCUCAAUCUACAUCCUUAAGAUAUUGUUAAACAUUUUUAUUAUGUUCACACAAAAUGUUAAUUUGAAAAUACAAAAAAAAAAAUUGUUCCCAUAGUUUAAAUUAAUGUUACCUACCUCAAUAAAUAAAACCAUUUACUGCCUUCUUUAAUAAUUAGUCUUUUGCCAUGCUAGUUGUUUUUAGCCUUUAAGCAUCCAUAUUUGCUCAAUAUGAGACUAAAUUAAAAUAUUUUUACAUAUGUUAUUAUACAUUAAAUAUAUUGUAAUUCUCAAGACCUAAAAUUAUGUUCAGUAUGACACUAUUGUUUAUCUUAUAAUGCAAUACCUUCAUAAUUCAACAACAACAUUCAAAAUAUAAAAAUGUAAUUUUAAUCUAGUUGUAAAUAUAUUAUAUUAUAUUCGUAGGAAUUUUUAUAAUUUUUAAGUGCUAUUGUAUAUACCCUAAUCGGCCUAAUCUACAUCGAAAUAGUCAAACCAUUAUUAAAAUUUAUCAUUAUACUAAGUAGUUAGUAUCGUGUACUUUUUUUCAAUUUACAUAAACAUAAUAUUAAUGUAUUAUAACCAAUAUAUUAAACUUAUACAUA